AUGUGAAUAGGCCUAUAACGCGGAUAGAAAAGGUAAACAAAGCGUCGCAUCCGUCACAAUCCCAAAAUAUUUCGGUUCCAUCUCUCGGCAUAACAAAAUCACAUUAUUUCAGUAGAUUGUUUCGAAUUGCAAGCGUGUUUAACAAUUUUACUAUUAAUACGAUCGCAAAAACGAUACGAUGCAGGUAAAUAACUUAGUGCGAUUGUUCAACUCUUCGAGACUGCGGAUCAGCUCAAGAACAUCUCUUCCGUCGUAUCAACUGGCCGCUCAAUUCCAAACAACGUCCCAUCUGUCCGACCCUGCUGCCACUUCCGGUUCCGCCCUUCCAGAGAAGCCAAAACGCCCCGUCAACGCUUACAUAAGAUUCCUCCAGAGCGUUCGCCCCAGCUUGCUGGCCAAGAAUCCGAAAGCAUCCCCGACAGAUAUUUCCAAACUGGCUGCUGCCCAAUGGCAGGUGCUGGAUCCGGCAUCCAAGUCCAAGCUCGAGGAUGAAUACAAAAAGGAGCAAACCGUCUGGCUGCAGAAGAACGCCAAAUAUUUGAGUCAGCUGACUGACCAACAGAAGCAAGACAUCCGCCAGGCAAGGACGGAGAAGACAGAAGAGAAAGCUAAGCGGGAGUACAAGAAAAAGGUCAAAGAGCUGGGCAGGCCAAAGCGACCGCUGAAUGGAUUCCUGCUGUAUUGCGCCGAUAAAAAGCCAAAGAAUCUCUCCAAGGAGGAGAACAAAUUGCAACUGAAGCUGAUGGCACAGAAAUGGGCCGCACUGAGCGAAAUGGACAAAGCACCGUACAACACUCGGGCAGCGGAAGCGCUGGUCAAGUACCGAGAGGACAUCAAAAACUGGGAGGACCAAAUGAUUGCCCAGGACCAUCUGGAUGUGAUCCGUCGCAAGAAUCUGAUUCUCCCGCCAACCAAAAUGGAUGGCAAAACGAAAGCCCCGAAAUAGGAACUCGGGUGUCCCUGUCCAGAGGAAGCAGUAGCAGCAGCAGUAUCACCACCACAUCUUCUAUCGAAACCAGAAGCACCUAUCGAUCAACAGACAUCUUCCCGGUCGCUGAAACCGCUGGAUAGGGAUACGGGAGAAACGGCCACAAAAGUAGAGACAAUAGCAGACAGUAGUAAGCCCAGGGGCGACAGUAACGUUAAGUCAAACGUAGAAUCGGAUGAAGAACGACGCGAGGAGGAGCAGAAAAAGGGUAUCGUUAACCGGUUGAAAUCGAUGUUCAAAUUUUGACAUUGGACCCAAAGAAAGGACAGUGCUGUGCUCUUUUUUACGCUGUGGCUGUAUUUUUGAAAGCCGAUUUAUAUGCAUUUCUCGGGAAUUUUCUGUCUUCGAGCACUGUCCUUUUAGUGGGUUAAAACGAAUCAAUUUAAUAAGCAUUAACAGCCCUUUUUUGUAGUGUAUUACCUAAGUUAAUCAAUGCCAUAUUACCAAAGUUUUAAUCGUCAAAUAAAACUAAUGGCUUGUAGUUUUGAAA